AUGGGCAGCAGGAGCUGGAACUGGGCUCUGGUCUGGGCCUCUGUGGCCUUGUUCACGGUAUGGCCAGCAGAGAGCCAGAGCCAGGUAGAAGAACUGAGCUCAGAACACCCCGAACUCACCGGAGAUGGUCAGAAAGUGUACAGUGCUCCCACAUCCUCGUCCACCCGGCAUGUCACCUUCAUCCCACCCAUGACCGUCUUCCCGACCAUGAGCCCCGCAAACCUGGCGCACAACGGGAGGGUGUGCAGCACAUGGGGUGACUUCCACUACAAGACCUUCGACGGUGACAUGUUCCACUUCCCUGGCCUCUGUAACUAUGUCUUCUCUUCACACUGUGGGGCCACCUAUGAGGACUUCAACAUCCAACUGCGUCGUGGUCUUGAGGGCUCCAGGCCUGUGGUCACUCAUGUGGUCCUCAGGGCCCAGGGGCUGGUGAUUGAGCUGGCCAAUGGCUCUGUCCUGGUGGAUGGACAGCGGGUGGAGCUGCCCUACAGCCGUGCAGGUCUUCUGAUGGAGAAGACCAGUGGGUAUGUGAAGCUCAGCAUCCGGCUAGUCCUCACCUUCCUGUGGAAUGAAGACAGUGCUCUGCUGGAGCUGGACUCUAAAUAUACUAACCAGACGUGUGGGUUGUGCGGCGACUUCAAUGGGCUCCCAGGUGUCAACGAGUUCUACGCCCACAACACCAGGCUGACCCCUGUACAGUUUGGAAACCUGCAGAAGCUGGAUGGUCCUACUGAGCAGUGCCAGGACACCCUGCCCUCAGCGGUCAGCAAUUGCACAGAUAGGGAGGACAUCUGCCGCCGCAUCCUGCUUGGCCCUGCCUUUGCCGAGUGCAUUGCCCUGGUAGAUGUCAGCAUGUACUUGGAUGCCUGUGUCCAGGAUCUGUGCCGCUGCCCCACAUGCCCAUGUGCCACUUUUGCUGAAUAUUCCCGCCAGUGUGCCCAUGCAGGAGGCCAUCCUCAGAACUGGAGGAGUCCUGAUCUCUGCAACUGGACAUGCCCCUUCAACAUGGAACACCAGGAGUGCAGUUCGCCCUGCGUGGAUACCUGCUCCAACCCCCAACGCUCUCAACUCUGCGAGGAUCACUGCAUGGAUGGCUGCUUCUGUCCCCCAGGCACUGUGCUGGAUGACAUCAGACACUUGGGCUGCCUGCCCCUGGAGCAGUGCCAUUGCACCCGUGGUGGGCACAUUUAUGCCCCUGGAGAGUCCUUCAACACCAGUUGCAGCUCCUGCACCUGCUCUGGGGGAUUGUGGCAGUGCCAGGAUCUGCCGUGCCCCGGCACCUGCUCUGUGCAAGGUGGGUCCCAUGUCUUCACCUAUGACGAGAAACUCUACAAUGUGCAUGGGGACUGCAGCUACGUCCUGUCCAAGAAAUGUGCAGAUAGUGGCUUCACUGUGCUGGUCGAUCUGCGAAAGUGUGGACUGACGGACACUGAGAACUGCCUCAAAGCGGUUACACUCAACCUCAAUAGUGGGGACAUGGUCAUCCGGAUCCAGGCCAACGGUGCUGUGUUCCUGAACUCCAUCUUUACUCAGCUUCCCAUGUCAGCAGCCAACGUCACCAUCUUCAGUCCAUCAUCCUUCUUCAUCGUGGUGCAGACUGGCAUGGGACUGCAGCUGCAGGUGCAGCUGGUGCCCAUCAUGCAGGUGUUUGUCAGGCUGGACCCCUCCUACCAUGGCCAGAUGUGUGGCCUGUGUGGUAACUUCAACCAGAACCAGGCUGAUGACUUCACAGCCCUCAGUGGGGUAGUGGAGGGCACAGGAGCUGCCUUCUCCAACACCUGGAAGACUCAAGCCUCCUGCCCCAAUUCCAAGAACACCUUUGAGGACCCCUGUUCAUACAGCGUGGAGACGGAGAACUAUGCCCAGAAGUGGUGUUCCAUGCUCACCGAAAGCUCAGGAGUCUUCUCGGCCUGCCAUGCUACUGUCAGCCCGGUGCCCUUCUACUCGAACUGCAUGUUUGACACGUGCAACUGUGAGAACAGCGAGGACUGCAUGUGUGCCGCCCUGUCCUCCUAUGCGCAUGCCUGUGCUGCCAAAGGCGUGCUGCUCAGUGGCUGGAGGGACAAUGUCUGCUUCAAGUACAUGAACAACUGUCCCAAAACCAAGAGCUACUCCUAUGCAGUGAGCACUUGCGAGCCUACCUGCCGCUCUCUGAGUGAAGCUGAUGUCACCUGUGGCGUCUCCUUUGUGCCCGUGGAUGGCUGCACCUGCCCUGAAGGCACCUUCCUGAAUGACAAGGGUCACUGUGUGCGUGAUGAGGAGUGCCCCUGCUUCUUCCAUGGAACUGUGGUGGCCGCCAGAGAGUUCGUUAUGGACAAUGGGGUGGUGUGUUCAUGUGAAAAGGGGAAGCUGACCUGUCUUGGAGCCUUGAUGCAGAAGAACACAGAGUGCCAGGCACCUAUGGUAUAUCUGGACUGUAACAAUGCCUCAGUUGGUGACCAAGGGUCCGAAUGCCUUAGAAGCUGCCACACACUGGAUGUGGAAUGUUUCAGCACACACUGCAUCUCGGGCUGUGUGUGUCCCUCAGGGCUGGUCGCAGAUGGGAAUGGGGGCUGCAUUGCUGAGGAGGACUGCCCCUGCAUACACAAUGAGGCCACCUAUAGACCUGGGGAGAGCAUCCGGGUAGACUGCAAUAACUGUACCUGCAGGAACCGCCGGUGGGAGUGCACUGACCAACCUUGUAUGGGUGCAUGUGUGGCCUAUGGGGAUGGCCAUUUUGUUACCUUUGAUGGUGAACGCUACAUCUUUGAAGGCAGCUGCGAGUAUACCUUGGCUCAGGACUACUGCAGAGGCAACACCAGUACUGAUGGGACCUUUCGUAUUAUCACUGAGAAUGUCCCUUGUGGGACCACGGGAACCACAUGUUCCAAGGCCAUCAAGAUCUUUGUGGAGAGCUACGAGCUGAUUCUUCAUGAGGGGAACUUCAAGGUGGUAGAGAGAGGGCCAAGUGGGGACCCUCCAUACAAGAUCAGAUACAUGGGCAUUUUCCUGGUCAUUGAGAUCCGCAGUGGGAUAAUCGUGUCCUGGGACAGGAAGACCAGUGUGUUUGUCCGACUGCAGCAGCAUUACAAGGGCAGGGUCUGUGGCCUGUGUGGGAACUUUGACGGCAAUGCCAUCAAUGACUUUACCACGCGCAGCCAGUCUGUGGUGAGUGAUGUUCUGGAGUUUGGAAACAGCUGGAAGUUCUCCCCAUCCUGCCCAGAUGCCCCAGUUCCCAAGGACCCCUGCACUGCCAACCCUUACCGCAAGUCCUGGGCCCAGAAAAAGUGCAGCAUCAUCAACAGCGCGACCUUCGCAGCCUGCCACUCCCAGGUUGACUCUACCAAGUACUACGAAGCUUGUGUGCAUGAUGUGUGUGCCUGUGACUCAGGGGGUGACUGCGAGUGUUUCUGCACUGCUGUGGCUGCCUAUGCCCAGGCCUGCCGUGAUGUGGGCGUGUGCUUGUCCUGGAGGACACCAGACAUCUGCCCUCUUUUCUGUGACUACUACAACCCCCAUGGGGAGUGUGAGUGGCAUUACCAGCCCUGUGGAGCCCCCUGUCUGAAGACCUGUCGAAACCCUGCUGGACGCUGCCUUGUUGACCUGCCAAGCCUGGAAGGCUGCUACCCACAAUGCCCACCCAGUCAGCCUUUCUUCAAUGAGGACCAGAUGAAGUGUGUGGCCCAGUGUGGAUGCUAUGAUGAUGAUGGAAACUACCAUGAUAUUGGCACACAGGUCCCUACAGCAGAGAACUGCCAGAGUUGUCUCUGCACCCCUGAUGGCCUCAAGUGUGUUCACAACCUUACAGCCUGCAUAUGCACCUAUGAGGGCCGUACCUACCACUACGAUGAUGUUGUCUACAACACCACGGAUGGCCUUGGUGCAUGCUUAGUAGCCAUCUGCAAAGACAACGGGACAAUCAUACGCACAACAGAAGAGUGCCCUGCAGUCUCAUCUACAACACCGUUUACAUUCACCACUACCUUGACACCCCAUACCACAACAGGCUCAGCUCCCACUGCAUCCACUGUGUCCACGGUGUGUGUUCGUGAGGUCUGCCGCUGGUCCAUUUGGUAUGAUGAAAGCCAUCCAGAGCCUGGCAUGACAGGUGGGGACUUUGAAACGUUAGAGAACCUGAGGCAGAAAGGGUACCAGGUGUGUCAAAGCCCUGCUGCCAUCGAGUGCCGUGCUGAGAAGUUCCCCAGCAUGGACUUACAGAAGCUGGGACAGAAGGUGAACUGUGACCCAUCCUGGGGGCUGAAAUGUCUUAACAGUGAGCAGAGUCCGCCACUCUGCUACAAUUACGAGCUGAGGGUUCUGUGCUGUGAUUACGUGCCCUGUAGUUCCACCCUGACCUCAGGCGUAAGCACCACUCACUUCCGACCAGAGAUCAGCAGAGAGUCCUCUUGGCCCACUCACAGUACUCAGAGGCCCACUCAGAGUACUCAGACAGCAUCCUCAGUGUCCAAGUCCACACCCUUGUGGACCACAGAAGGGAAAGAGACAUCUCUGGAUACAAUUCACAGUUCUAGACAAACAGUGACGUUCACCUCAAAAAGAAAGGCCACUUCACAUCGUAUUGGGUCCACAAACUCAGCCAGCAGCCUUGUCACAUCCAGCCCAACAUCAGUAUUCACCUCACAGACAGGGUCCACUUCAAGAACCAGCACGGUCACACAGAUAAUCAGCAGCCCCGUGACCUCAACCACCUGCCAACCCCAAUGUCAGUGGACAGGGUGGCUUGACACAGACUACCCCACAUCUGAUGGCGAGGGAGAAGACAUUGAGACAUAUGAGAGAAUCAGGGCCACUGGGGCAGAUAUCUGUGAACAGCCUCAGGGCAUCCAGUGUGUGGCCCAGAACUACCCUGACAUGAGUUUGGACAUGUUGGGUCAGGAAGUGACGUGUGAUGUCAACUUCGGUCUGGUGUGCCGCAACAGGGACCAGAAAGGUGAUUUUGGGAUGUGCUACAACUACAUGAUCCGGGUGCUGUGCUGCAGUGUGAGCCAUUGCCAGGGACCGACCACCACUGCGGGCUCACCCCCCACACCACAAACUGCCACCACUGCUACCCAGACCCUGUCCUCCAAGCCUUAUCCCAACACCAGUCCAGUUGAGACCUGGUCUCCUUCAGGCUCCACCACCAGCAUCCAGGGCUCAGAGAUGCCCACCUCUGGGAUCCUGACUGCAAGUGUGUCAUCCCCACCCAGCACUUCUCUGACAGCCACCUCAAAGACUACUCAGCAUCUCAGGAGCCCAGAAUCCUCGGGUACCCUGUCAGUGGUGACAACAAGGUCCACCUCUCAAGGGCACUCCCUACCUCCUAGCAGUCCCCAUGCCACCAACACAUUCUCAGCAACAACCUCAAGGACUUCCCUGGCCAGAGGGACAACCUUCUCUACCUCUCUGACCACCCCUGGACCAUCCUAUUCCCCUCCUGGAAGCACCAGCAUGAGCUCAGCCACGGCAGCCUCCAUGAGCAGAACAAUUACACAUUCCAAGACUACCCCAGAGCUCACUGGAGCUCCUUCAGCCAGCACCACAGAACCACCCAGGACACCGACCACGUCCACUUCAGCAGCCAGCAUGGUCACACACACGGUCAGCAUGCCUGUGACCUCUACCACCUGCCAACCCCAAUGUCAGUGGACACGGUGGCUUGACACAGACUACCCCACAUCUGACGGUGAGGGAGAAGACAUUGAGACAUAUGAGAGAAUCAGGGCCACUGGGGCAGAUAUCUGUGAACAGCCUCAGGGCAUCCAGUGUGUGGCCCAGAACUACCCUGACAUGAGUUUGGACAUGUUGGGUCAGGAAGUGACAUGUGAUGUCAACUUCGGUCUGGUAUGUCGCAACAGGGACCAGAAAGGUGAUUUGGGGAUGUGCUACAAUUACAUGAUCCGGGUGCUGUGCUGCAGUGUGAGCCACUGCCAGGGACCAACCACCACUGCGGCCUCACCCCCGACACCACUAACUGCCACCACUGCCAGUUCCAGCCACAACCACACCCAGGGAGACUCGAACCUCUUCAUGGCUAUCCACUGGUCUCUCCCCUGCCCUUACAACUACAAGGACCACUUCCACAGGCUAAACAAGACAGGUAUCCAGAUAUGCAAGAAACCUGUGGACAUUGAAUGUGAAGCCAUCCUCUUCCCCAACAUGUCCUUCCAGCAGCUGGGCCAGGAGGUGGUGUGUAAUGUGGACUUUGGACUCAUCUGCAGGAAUAGCAAGCAGGCCAACAACCAAACCUGUUUCAACUACCAUAUCCGUGUGCUCUGCUGGUUCUCUAGAACCAUAACCACACUCUGGGGCAGCUUGCCCCCUAGCACCCCAACAACACCUACCAGGUCCACUGAACCCAACUCUACCUUGAUGACAACAAAGAACCCUCCAACACUGAUCACCAGUCACACGUCCAAAAGUCAGACUAGAACCCAUAUCACCACAGCAUCCUCUCCUGAAGCAGUGAGUACAGAGGAGGUCAGAAAGUCCUCCUCGUCUACCUCUCUGACCACCCCUGGACCAUCCUAUUCCCCUCCUGGAAGCACCAGCAUGAGCUCAGCCACGGCAGCCUCCACUAGCAGAGCAAUUACACAUUCCAAGACUACCCCAGAGCUCACUGGAGCUCCUUCAGCCAGCACCACAGAACCACUAAGGACACCGACCACGUCCACUUCAGCAGCCAGCACGGUCACACACACGGUCAGCAUGCCUGUGACCUCUACCACCUGCCAACCCCAAUGUCAGUGGACACGGUGGCUUGACACAGACUACCCCACGUCUGACGGCGAGGGAGAAGACAUUGAGACAUAUGAGAGAAUCAGGGCCACUGGGGCAGAUAUCUGUGAACAGCCUCAGGGCAUCCAGUGUGUGGCCCAGAACUACCCUGACAUGAGUUUGGACAUGUUGGGUCAGGAAGUGACAUGUGAUGUCAACUUUGGUCUGGUGUGCCGCAACAGGGACCAGAAAGGUGAUUUUGGGAUGUGCUACAACUACAUGAUCCGGGUGCUGUGCUGCAGUGUGAGCCAUUGCCAGGGACCGACCACCACUGCGGGCUCACCCCCUACACCACAAACUGCCACCACUGCUACCCAGACCCUGUCCUCCAAGCCUUAUCUCAACACCAGUCCAGUUGAGACCUGGUCUCCUUCAGGCUCCACCACCAGCAUCCAGGGCUCAGAGAUGCCCACCUCUGGGAUCCUGACUGCAAGUGUGUCAUCCCCACCUAGCACUUCUCUGACAGCCACCUCAAAGACUACUCAGCAUCCCAGGAGCCCAAAAUCCUCUGGGACUCCUUCAGUGGUGACAACAAGGUCCACCUCUCAAGGACACUCCCUACCUCCUAGCAGUCCCCAUGCCACCAACACAUUCUCAGCAACAACCUCAAGGACUUCCCUGGCCAGAGGGACAACCUUCUCUACCUCUCUGACCACCCCUGGACCAUCCUAUUCCCCUCCUGGAAGCACCAGCAUGAGCUCAGCCACGGCAGCCUCCAUGAGCAGAGCAAUUACACAUUCCAAGACUACCCCAGAGCUCACUGGAGCUCCUUCAGCCAGCACCACAGAACCACUCAGGACACCGACCACGUCCACUUCAGCAGCCAGCACAGUCACACACACAGUCAACACACCUGUGACCUCUACCACCUGCCAACCCCAAUGUCAGUGGACACGGUGGCUUGACACAGACUACCCCACGUCUGACGGCGAGGGAGAAGACAUUGAGACAUAUGAGAGAAUCAGGGCCACUGGGGCAGAUAUCUGUGAACAGCCUCAGGGCAUCCAGUGUGUGGCCCAGAACUACCCUGACAUGAGUUUGGACAUGUUGGGUCAGGAAGUGACGUGUGAUGUCAACUUCGGUCUGGUGUGCCGCAACAGGGACCAGAAAGGUGAUUUUGGGAUGUGCUACAAUUACAUGAUCCGGGUGCUGUGCUGCAGUGUGAGCCAUUGCCAGGGACCAACCACUACUGCGGGCUCACCCCCCAUACCACAAACUGCCACCACUGCUACCCAGACCCUGUCCUCCAAGUCUCAGGCCAACACUAGUCUAACUGUGACCAGAACUUACUCGGCUUUUACCACGGUAGCAACAAGCUUCUCAAAAACUCCACCUGGCUCUAGCUACACGGCCACUACUGUUACCUCCUCUACCAGAAGCACCCCACAUGUUUCUAGUGUCACAGAAAGUAGCAGCCCAGGAACAGUCUCCUCUAUCCAUACAACACUAACCAUCAUGCCUAAAACAUUACAGCCAUCGACACCUGCUUUGACAACAAAGCAAACUUCCUCGACUGGAAUCUGGACCAGAAUAUUUACUGGUACAGCUGGCACUGCCUUUUCAAAACUUCCACCCACAAACCUAACUACAGUCAUAGAAGAGCUGUCUACCAGUACACCAAGGAUGCAGACGCUACCAGAAACCAUGACUACUGCCCGCACCAGCCAGGGCACAACCUACUGCCAGCCCAAGUGUACGUGGACAGAAUGGUUUGAUGUAGACUCACCAACCUCAGGGGUAGUAAGAGGAGACAUGGAGACCUAUGAAAACAUCAGAGCUUCUGGUAAGAAGAUGUGCCAGGCACCAGAAAAGAUUGAGUGCCGGGCAGAGAACUACCCUGCAGUCAGCAUUGAUAAGGUUGGCCAAGUAGUAAGCUGCAGCCUGGAGACAGGGUUAGUCUGCAAAAAUGAGGACCAGACAGAUGAUUUCAAAAUGUGCUUCAACUAUAAUAUACGUGUGCUUUGCUGUGAUGACUAUAGCCAUUGCCCUAGCACAACUGCUGUUCCACCAACAUCUACCACAAACAAGACUAAAGCAAGUAAUGGGGUCCCCACCAUGGCAACCAGUUCAUCAACAAGACAAAGACACUCCAUCAAAGCUACCACAUCUUCCAAGACUUCAGACAGGCUGACGACCACUAUUAUCCAUACAGGAUCCAUACCUUCCACACACUCAGUCAGUAGCCCUGUGACCUCUACCACCUGCCAACCCCAAUGUCAGUGGACACGGUGGCUUGACACAGACUACCCCACGUCUGACGGCGAGGGAGAAGACAUUGAAACAUAUGAGAGAAUCAGGGCCACUGGGGCAGAUAUCUGUGAACAGCCUCAGGGCAUCCAGUGUGUGGCCCAGAACUACCCUGACAUGAGUUUGGACAUGUUGGGUCAGGAAGUGACGUGUGAUGUCAACUUCGGUCUGGUGUGCCGCAACAGGGACCAGAAAGGUGAUUUUGGGAUGUGCUACAACUACAUGAUCCGGGUGCUGUGCUGCAGUGUGAGCCAUUGCCAGGGACCGACCACCACUGCGGGCUCACCCCCCACACCACAAACUGCCACCACUGCUACCCAGACCCUGUCCUCCAAGCCUUAUCCCAACACCAGUCCAGUUGAGACCUGGUCUCCUUCAGGCUCCACCACCAGCAUCCAGGGCUCAGAGAUGCCCACCUCUGGGAUCCUGACUGCAAGUGUGUCAUCCCCACCCAGCACUUCUCUGACAGCCACCUCAAAGACUACUCAGUAUCCCAGGAGCCCAGAAUCCUCGGGUACCCUGUCAGUGGUGACAACAAGGUCCACCUCUCAAGGACACUCCCUACCUCCUAGCAGUCCCCAUGCCACCAACGCAUUCUCAGCAACAACCUCAAGGACUUCCCUGGCCAGAGGGACAACCUUCUCUACCUCUCUGACCACCCCUGGACCAUCCUAUUCCCCUCCUGGAAGCACCAGCAUGAGCUCAGCCACGGCAGCCUCCAUGAGCAGAGCAAUUACACAUUCCAAGACUACCCCAGAGCUCACUGGAGCUCCUUCAGCCAGCACCACAGAACCACUCAGGACACCGACCACGUCCACUUCAGCAGCCAGCACAGUCACACACACAGUCAACACACCUGUGACCUCUACCACCUGCCAACCCCAAUGUCAGUGGACACGGUGGCUUGACACAGACUACCCCACGUCUGACGGCGAGGGAGAAGACAUUGAGACAUAUGAGAGAAUCAGGGCCACUGGGGCAGAUAUCUGUGAACAGCCUCAGGGCAUCCAGUGUGUGGCCCAGAACUACCCUGACAUGAGUUUGGACAUGUUGGGUCAGGAAGUGACGUGUGAUGUCAACUUCGGUCUGGUGUGCCGCAACAGGGACCAGAAAGGUGAUUUUGGGAUGUGCUACAACUACAUGAUCCGGGUGCUGUGCUGCAGUGUGAGCCAUUGCCAGGGACCGACCACCACUGCGGGCUCACCCCCCACACCACAAACUGCCACCACUGCUACCCAGACCCUGUCCUCCAAGCCUUAUCCCAACACCAGUCCAGUUGAGACCUGGUCUCCUUCAGGCUCCACCACCAGCAUCCAGGGCUCAGAGAUGCCCACCUCUGGGAUCCUGACUGCAAGUGUGUCAUCCCCACCCAGCACUUCUCUGACAGCCACCUCAAAGACUACUCAGCAUCUCAGGAGCCCAGAAUCCUCGGGUACCCUGUCAGUGGUGACAACAAGGUCCACCUCUCAAGGACACUCCCUACCUCCUAGCAGUCCCCAUGCCACCAACGCAUUCUCAGCAACAACCUCAAGGACUUCCCUGGCCAGAGGGACAACCUUCUCUACCUCUCUGACCACCCCUGGACCAUCCUAUUCCCCUCCUGGAAGCACCAGCAUGAGCUCAGCCACGGCAGCCUCCAUGAGCAGAGCAAUUACACAUUCCAAGACUACCCCAGAGCUCACUGGAGCUCCUUCAGCCAGCACCACAGAACCACUCAGGACACCGACCACGUCCACUUCAGCAGCCAGCACAGUCACACACACAGUCAACACGCCUGUGACCUCUACCACCUGCCAACCCCAAUGUCAGUGGACACGGUGGCUUGACACAGACUACCCCACGUCUGACGGCGAGGGAGAAGACAUUGAGACAUAUGAGAGAAUCAGGGCCACUGGGGCAGAUAUCUGUGAACAGCCUCAGGGCAUCCAGUGUGUGGCCCAGAACUACCCUGACAUGAGUUUGGACAUGUUGGGUCAGGAAGUGACGUGUGAUGUCAACUUCGGUCUGGUAUGUCGCAACAGGGACCAGAAAGGUGAUUUUGUGAUGUGCUACAAUUACAUGAUCCGGGUGCUGUGCUGCAGUGUGAGCCACUGCCAGGGACCAACCACCACUGCGGCCUCACCCCCGACACCACACACUGCCACCACUGCCAGACUCUCUAGUACUGCCAUAAACACUUCUUGGGUUUCUCCUAGUACCCUCAGCCACGCUUCAGCUACUUCCACACCCACUACUACUUCCGAAGAGAAUCAGUCCUCCUCUCUGCCGAGCACUAGGACUACAGUCAUCUCUACUCCACUCUCCAGUUCCACGGGCUGCAAACCUCAAUGCACCUGGUCAGAUUGGCUGGACCAUAGUUCACCCAUCCCUGGGAGUUCUGGAGGAGAAUUUGAGACCUAUGCCAACAUUAGAGCAGCUGGAAUUGCUAUAUGUGAAAAGCCCCUGGACUUAGAAUGUGAUGUUGUUGACCAGCCCCAUGUGCCUGAGCAGGAGUCGAGUCAGGUGAUCAACUGCAGUUUGAACCUUGGUCUGGUGUGCAGGAACCUGGACCAGCCGGGGCCCUUUAGUGUAUGCCUCAACUACCGCAUCCGUGUGCUUUGCUGUGAUGACUAUAGUCACUGUCCUAGUACCUCUUCCAGCACCAGAACGUCAGCACUGCCCUGGUCUACCCACACUCCUCUGGUCCCUUUCACAACCACAGUGGCCUCAAGCACUGAGUCCACCUUUCAGACCAAGCAUCCCUUCAGCUCCCCAGUGCCAAGUACCCAAGUAUCCACAUGGACCACACUUACUGACUCGGGCUGUGCACCUCGAUGCACAUGGACAGACUGGUUUGAUGCAGACUUCCCUAACCCUGGCCCCAGAGGUGGGGACUUUGAGGUCUAUGCAGUGCUACGUGAGGUUGGCUUUGUGUUCUGUGAGCAGCCCAAGGACAUCCAGUGCCGCUCUGAGAAGGAGCCAGACAGGCCCCUGGAAACUCUAGAGCAGGUGGUCCAGUGUGAUGUGCGAUUUGGGCUGAUAUGCAAGAAUAUCAACCAAUCGGGGCCUUUGCAAUAUUGUGACAACUACCAUGUGCGCCUCCUCUGCUGUGACAACACCACCCACUGCACCACCCCACCCAUGGCCACCCCUUCCACUGUUCCUUCCACCUCUACCCUGUUGUCCACUCACACUUCCCCAGUCUCGAACACCAUGAUCUCUUCCCCUGUGGCCACGAGCUCCACUGUGCCCCACUCCUCUUCCCUAGUGUCCACUCCCACCUCUCCAGUUCUGACCACCGCAACUUCACUUGGAGCCACGGGCCCUACUGCGGUCCCCUCCUCCACCACAGAGACCACCCACACCCCUGAACUUUCCCCCAGCAGUCAGGUGACCUUCAGCAUGUCUACUGUUUCUCCCUUGGGCCUCAGUACCGUUAGGUCUACUGUCUUUUCCAGUCAAUCAGUUUCCCCGUCACCCUGUUUCUGCCGGGCAUUUGGACAGCUCUUCUUACCUGGAGAUGUCAUCUACAAUAAGACUGAUGGAGCUGGCUGCCAAUUCUACGCCACCUGCAACCAAAACUGUGAGCUUGACCGCUUCCAGGGUGCCUGUCCCUCCUCUUCACCUCCAGUGCCCUCUACCCAUGUGCCUUUGUCUACCCCACUUCCUGGCUGUGAUAAUGCCAGCCCUCCCCGGCAGGUGAAUGAGUCCUGGACCCUGGAGAACUGCACAGUGGCUAGGUGCCAGGGAAAUAACCAAAUCAUCCUCGAAGAGCCAGAGCCUGUGGACAAUGUCACCUGUGUCAACAAGCACUCGCCCAUCAAAGUGUGGGACCAGGAGCCUUGCCACUUCCACUAUGAGUGCGAAUGCUUCUGCAGUGGAUGGGGGCGGUCACACUACCUGACAUUUGAUGGCACCUCCUAUACUUUCCUGGACAACUGUACCUCGGUGCUCAUGAGAGAGAUCCACCCUCACCAUGGCAACCUGAGCAUCCUUGCUCACAGCUACUACUGUGGGGUUACCACCAAUGCCACCUUCUGUCCCCGUGCCCUCAGUGUGAACUACAACUCUAUGGAGAUUGUCCUCACCAUCACCACCACUGGCAGUGGGAAGGAGGAGAGCCUGGUCAUGUGGGACCAAAUGUUGAUAAACUCAGGCUACACUAAGAAUGGUGUGACAGUGUCCUUGAGCGGCACCACCACAAUGAGUGUCAACAUUUCCACCAUUGGCACCAGCAUCACCUUUGAUGGACACAUCUUCCAGAUAUGGUUACCCUACAGAUACUUCAGCAACAAUACUGAGGGCCAGUGUGGUACCUGCACCAACAGCCAGACAGAUGAUUGCCGCCGGCCAGAUGGUACCAUAGCUUCCAACUGCCAGGACAUGGCCAAAGACUGGCUGGUUCCCAGGAACAGCAACAACAGCUGCUUUGCUCAGCCUAGCCCUCCCCCGAGCACCACUUCCCAUCCCCCAGUAUCCAGCACAUCCACCUCUACCCCAUGUCCCAUUGCACCCCUCUGUGAGCUGAUGCUGAGCCAGGUCUUCGCUGAGUGCCACAGGCUCAUCCCUCCAGAUACCUUCUUCAGUUCCUGUGUCAAUGACCACUGCAACGCCAAUGUCACUGACAUGCUCUGUCAAAGCCUGGAGGCCUACGCAACACUCUGCCGGGCCCGGGGUGUGUGCGUCAAUUGGCGCAAUGCCACUGAAGGGCUAUGUGACCUCUCCUGUCCACCCACUAAGGAAUACAGGCCGUGUGGACCCCUGCAUCCAGCAUCCUGCAGCUCUAGGACCCUGAGUGUUUCAACUGAGAUGCAGGCAGAGGGCUGCUUCUGCCCUGAGAAUCAGCUCCUCUUCAACUCCCGCAUGGACAUCUGUGUGCAGGAGUGUCCCUGCGUGGGACCAGAUGGACUACCCAAGUUUCCAGGAGAACACUGGAUCAGCAACUGCCAGUCCUGCGUGUGCGACCCCAGCUCUGUGUCGGUACAGUGUGAGCCAGUGCAGUGUGAGAGCCAGGAGCUCCCACAGUGCACAAAAGCUGGCUUUGUGACUAUGACCAGGCCCAAGGCUGACAAUCCAUGCUGCUCCGAGACAGUCUGUGUCUGCAAUACAACCACCUGCCCCAAGAGUCUGUCCAAGUGUGAGCCAGGGCACGAGCUGAUCCGCAUCUACGAGGAGGGAAGCUGCUGCCCCAGCUCCAUCUGCAGACCCAUGAUGUGCACACACAAUGAUACCCUCUAUGGGGUUGGUGCAAACUUCCCAGGGGAUGUUCCCUGCCAAACAUGCACCUGCUUCUCUGUGGGCAAUCAAGAACCAAAAGUAGAGUGUAGAGAGAUCCUUUGUACCACCUUCUGCCCCCAGGGCUUCAAGUACACACUGGUGCCAGGGCAGUGCUGUGGGGAGUGUGUACAGGAUGCUUGUUUCACACCAGAGGGCCAGACAGUGCAGUCCAAUGAAACCUGGGUGAACAGCCAUGUUGACAACUGCACAGUGUACCUCUGUAAGGCUGAGAAUGGAAUCCAUGUACUGACUCCACUCCCCAUGUCCUGCCCUGAUGUGUCCAACUGUAGGGGAACCCUAAGGAAAAUAGGUUGCUGUUACUCCUGUGAAAAAGAAGACUCAAGUACAUGUCAAGUGCGUGUAAGCACAACCAUCCUGCGGCAUAAGGGCUGUGAAACAGAGAUGGCAGUCAAUGUCACCUUCUGCGAGGGUUCCUGCUCUGGAACGUCCAAGUACUCCUUGGAGGUCCAGGCCAUGGAGCAUCAGUGCACCUGCUGUCAGGAGAGCAAGGUCCAUGACGUAGCUGUGGCCAUGCAGUGUCCCAACGGUACAGUCAUCCAGCACACCUAUACCCACGUCGAUGAGUGCAGCUGUGCCCUGGCUUGCAGUUCCCUGCCCAUGGCAUCCAUGAACACUCCCUAA